AUGAACGAAUUGUCACAAAGGAUUGCCGCUUUGGAGAAGCAAGAACAAGAAGCAAGUUCAAAGAUUUCCACUUAUCAAAAAGAAAAUGCUGAAUAUGAAAAAUCAAUUGAACAAAACAAAUUAGAAAUCUCUUACUUGAAAGAAAGUGUGAAACAAGAAAAGGCAAGUAGAGAAAAUACUUUCAAUGAGUUGGAAGUAGAGAAGAAACAAAAGUUAGAGCUCGAAAAGGAGGUAUCACAACUCAAAUCGAAUAUCGAGUCCUUAAAAUCGACCAUUUCAUCCAAGGAAGAAGAGCUUAAAACAUUGAUCAAGAAACAAGAACUGACCAAUUUGAAAAAUGAAAAAUCCACUCUGGAAACCAAGCUCAAGGAACUCGAAAACCAAUUGCGUACCGAGAAAGAAAAGGCUGCAGACCUUGAAAAGAAAUUAUCAGCCACUCAAACUACCCUCUCUCAACAUAGAAAAACUAUUGAGGAUAAAUCAAAAGAGAUUCAAACUUUAAAUAACAAGAUUUCUGAGAACACUCUUCAAAUUGAGAAUUUACAAAAACAGAAUUCUGAUCUGAAAAAGGAAAUUGAAGAAAUCAAUUCACAACUUGGCCAGAAGAGAGAAGAAGUGAGCAAACUGAGAGAUCGUGCUGAAAAAGCUGAAAAGCAAAAUGAAAUUCUCAACAAUGACAAGGUAAAAUCUGAAAAUACCAUUGCUGAGAUCAGGUCCAGUCUUCAAGAGGCAGCCAAAAAAGAACUCGAGACCAAACAAAACAUGACCUCACUUCAGGAGAAAUUGAGUAAUUUACAAAAUAAGCUGAAAUCAAAAGAGGAAGAGGCUAAUCUACUUCAACAACAACUAGAUCAAUUGCAAGAAAAAUCAGUGGAGUCAUCAUCUGUAUUAGCUUCUCAAAAUUCAUCCAAUCUUCAAAGAAUCAAAGAACUAUCUUCUGAGAUUACUCAACUGCAAGAUGAAAAAUUGAAACAAAAGAAUCAAUUGCAAACAGAGAUUGAUUCACUUACACAAUCUGUUGAAAAGUUGAAUAAGGAAAAGGAAGCUCUUUCUGUGGAAAUUUCAAGCUUACGCUCUGAAUUGGAGAAGGAAUCUGCUGAAUUGGUAGAGUGGAAGAAAAACACGAAAACGCCUUUUCAACAAUUACAAGAAGAGUACUCUCGAAAUAUUGAAGAUGAAAAGACAUCUUCCCAAAACAAGGUUGAAAAAUUGACUAAUGAACUGCAAGAAGUUGAAAAGAAGCUGAAAGAUUCUAAAAUCGAGUUGGAUCGUAUUACUACCGACUAUGAAAACAAACUCUCAUCUCUCCGUGAUGCCAAUCAAAAACUUGAGAAAGAGCUCUCCGAAAAAAGUACUGCCGUUCUUUCCAACAUGUCCAGUGUUGAGAGUAUCAAUCAGGAAAAUCAAGAUCUGUUGAAGAAGGUAGAAGCACUGCAAAAUGAUCUCAAGGAAAAGGAUUCACAGUAUCAACAACUUGUCAAAGAUCAUGAACGUGUGAAGAAAGAACUUGAAGAUGAGAAAAAUAAUUUGACCAGCCUGAAAUCAAAAUAUGAAGAAACUAAGAACGAUCUUAACCGAGCACGUUCUGAGUGUGAAGAUCAAAAAUCCAUUAUGGAGCUUUUAAAAUCUGCUCAAAAGACAGAAAUUGAAUCUCUUACAACUCGAUUGACAACUAAACAUGAUAGUGAGAUCAAUCAACUCAAAGAAAGUCUCUCUGAGGAACAAAAUCAAGUCAAAAAUCUCAAAUCUUUGGUUGAAGAGAAAAAUUCAGAAGUGGAGAGAACGAGAACAGAAUUGGUUGAAUCACGAUCUAAGGUGGAUAAUUUGGAAAUAUCUCUAAAAGAAGAAAAGCAAAAAUCCAUUCUUUUGAUUCAACAAACAAAGAGUGAACUUGAAAUGGAGAAGAAUAAGGCAGUUGAGGAAGAACGUAAAUUAGUCACAGCUCGAUAUGAAAAUGAAAUAGUUGAAAAAAUUAAAGAAGUUACUGAAAAACAUUCUGUGGCUUUGAAAGAGCACGAGAGGAAACUACGAGAUGCUGAAAAUGAUCAUUUACAAGCCAUUGAUGAUUUGAAAGUCAAACAUCAAAGUGAAUUGGAAAAAGUACAACAAAAGCACAAACAAGAGCGACUUGAAUUACAAAAGGAAAUUAUGGAAUUGACUGACAAAUCCGAACAGAAAGAUAACACAAUUUCAGAUUUGGAAAAUCAAAUCUCUAACAUUCACUCACAAUAUGAAGACAAGAAAGCAGAGCUUGAAGGUGAACUCGAUACUAAAAUUGAUAUCAUCAAGAACCUAGAGAAGGAACUUGCUCAACUUAAGAAAAAGUGUGAAAAAUUGGAAGAAGAAAACAAGUCCAAAAAUCAAGCAGCAAAAGACAAGAUUUCUGAACUCAAUUCCACCAUUACCGAUCUCAAUAAUACGAUCACCUCUCUUAACGAAAAGAAUGACAUGUUAUUGAAACAAUUAUCACAACAGGCUGAACAAAUCCAACAACAAGAACAAGAACUCCUUUCUGCCAAACACAAACAAGAAGGAUUGCAAGCAGAGCUUAAGCAAGCAGAAGCUAAACAAGAAAGGUUAAAGGCGCAACAACAAGAGAAGCAACAUGAAAAGCCACAACCAACACCACCAACACCAGUCGUUCAAGAUGAUCAAUCUCAGCCAUCCUCUUACCAGGAAGAAACUCCACUACACGGUCAACAACAACCUGUCGCAACCACUAAAAAGGUUGUUCGUGUGGUUAGAAGAACAGUGGUCAUGUCCAAAGAAGGUCUAUCACCAACUGAACAAUCUUCGCCAUCCAGUCCUGUGACAACAUCCACCUCAGCUUCCACUUCUCCUCCAAGUUCGAAUGUCAACACUGUCACGUCAUCACCCAUGAAAAAGACCUUGAACACAAGUGGUUCGAUCAUUGUGACCUCUCCUUCACUACAACCACAACAACAAACACCAAAAUCUACUUCCACCCCAGAGACUUCACAUUCCUCUUCAACUGUUGUUGAACAUUCUCCUUCAGAUGCAGUCACAACUUCCACAAGUGACGACACCUCCAAUAAUGACUAUUAUGAAGACAAUGAACCAAACUUGGAAAUUUUAGGACCUACCAAAUCUAAAAGUCGUUUCCCUGUCUUCUCUUCACAUUCGGGUGAUGUCAGCACCGAUAAAAAGAAACGUGCUUCUGUACGUUUGAGAACCACUUCAAUCGCUACUCUAUCGACACCAGUUCACCACUCGACAAAACAGCUCGAAACAGCGAAUGAUUACACCAGCGACUUUACUGCAUUUGCCAAUCCACUGUUUGAUAGCAAUGGAAGUGACAACUUGUCAUUUUCUUCGUCCUUAUUAAGCAGUUCUUCCACUACUGUUCGAACUUCAGUACGAGGAUCCACUCUCAUCAAUGUCAAACCAAAAACCACAAAUUCCUCAUCAUCCUCUCUCACAAGUAGUGGCAACAGUGGAAAUUUAUCAACAGCUGAUCGAGCAGAGAAAGCAAAAAACAAAACAGGAUUUCUCGUGAAACAAGGAGGAGGAUUUAAGAGUUGGAAGAAACGAUAUUUCAUUAUUGAAAGUGUAGAAUCCUCUCCAAGCCAAUAUCAACUCUCUUAUUAUAAACAGAAAGGAGAUCCAAAGCCAAUUGAUUCCAUCCCAUUGAAGGGUACACGAGUUCAAUAUGCAUCUGAGAGUGACAAGGACUUGAGUGGUAGAUUGUAUUGUUUCAAAUUGUCGACUGCUACUCGAACCUACAUAUUUGAUGCUUCUUCUUCUGAGGAUCGAACAGAUUGGGUGGACGCCUUAGAUAUUUUAAUUGUCUUGUCCAAUAAAUAUAACUAA